AACAAUUUUACUAGUACUCUUUUGUAAUCAGAUUAUUUCUAAGAUGGACAUUACAACAGAAGUAUAUGAAGGCCAACUUUCCAAGUACACAAAUGUCGUAAAGGGUUGGCAAUAUAGAUGGUUCAUUUUGGAUCCUAAAACAGGAAUUCUCAACUAUUAUUUGAAUGUGACGGACCAACCACGAGGGUGGGUACACUUGGAAGCAGCCGUCAUAUCUCCCAGUGACGAAGACUCGAAAACGUUCACAGUGAACCCUACGUCGGGAGAACUAAUCAUGCUGCGGGCCCAAAACGCACGCUCUCGUCAACAAUGGGUCAAUAGAUUACGAGUUGUGGCUGAAUAUCAUGCAAAGAAGCCUCCGCCGCCUUUGAGGGAACACCUGAUUAAAUGUUCAAACGUAACACCAUCUUCCUUAGCCAAUCUUCGAGAACAUUUGUCUCGCGCUGAGCAAAGUCAUGUCUCACUUUCCAAGUCAAUAGAAGAACUGCCAUCGUGUGGCGGCCUGAGGAACAUGGACCAAGAGCUACUGAUGUUGAAGGCUGUCUCGCAAACAAUUCUGCUAUCGCUGAGCCAAUGCCUGGUUACAUUGCAAAAGCUACACUCUUGUUAUCCCAAGAGCACGGAAUAA